AUGCGUCGGAAAUCGCCGCGAGCAACUAUUCUGUUCGCGGUGAAUCCGGAUAAAGGAGCAUUUCCUCUGCUGAUGACAUUGCCAUAUGAGAACUACAACAAUCAAGCGACGUCUUCAUCUGGAGAAGGAAUUACAGAAGUUACUGAAUUGACAGCUGGACGUUUGGAAAGUAUUGCAGAAGAUGGAAGUACUUUAAAAAGAUUAUUGAUCACAUCUCUUUUCAACUUAUUCUAUUCUAUUUCUGUUCCUCACCUCAAAGAAUUAUGCAUCUAUUUGCAUACAAUGGUUUUCUAA